AUGGAUCAAAACAUUGGCAAGAAAGAAGAAUUUAGCGGUAACAAGGACAUCCUUGGCGGAGAGAAGAAUUUGAGUCAACAACAAGGUGGUUUAAGCUCAAACCUUAACAAGGGUUCUGAAUUCAUGAGCGUCGGUGGAGAAAAGAGAGACCAAGAUCUUAAUCUCAACAAGGACAUUUCUUCAUCCAGCAAGAGUACUGAUGUACCAAUUCAAAGAACCUCGAAUGUUUAA